GGAUGACAGGCGCGGAAAAAAGUAAAAACAUUGUAUCGUUAGUCAACAACAACAACUAUCAGCCGUAGCUUUUUUCCUACCAUUUCUAAACCGGACGCCGUCAACAGCGGUCGCUUCCUGAAAAAAAAAAACUACGUUUAAAAAUAAAAAAUACAGAUGCGUUCACGAAUUUAUUUAGAUUAUGAAUUCAAUUUAGUAACAUAACAUUUUUAUAUAUUUUUAAAUCGUAAUGUUUAAGUGAUAUUAGUGUUGUGUAGUGAUAAUGUUGUCUCGGUGUGGUGUUGCUAGUGUGAGCAGGAGUGUUGUAUUUUUUUUAAUUGUCGGACAACUUUUGGACUUUGGGGGAGCUUACAGUCCGAGAGAGUGCGGCGUCCCACUCCGCCGACACACACGGCAGCCGCGGGAGCGUACAGCGGGACAACUGCGGAUCAUCAAGGGGAGAGAGUCCAAGCGCGGGGCGUGGCCGUGGCAGGUGUCCCUGCAACUGCUGCACCCGAAUUUCGGGCUCAUUGGGCACUGGUGCGGCGGCGUCCUCGUGCAUCCUCUGUGGCUGCUGACAACUGCGCACUGUAUACACAAUGAGCUGUUCAACCUACCAGUGCCGGCACUCUGGACAGCUGUUCUCGGGGAAUGGGACCGCGCCGAGCAGAAGGGAGCCUACGUGCCCAUCGAGAGGAUAGUGCUCCAUCAUCGCUUCCACAAUUAUCAGCAUGAUAUAGCUUUAAUGAAACUUACAAAGCCUGCCGACGUGAGUUCUCGAAGCCGCAUCAGAACCAUCUGCUUGCCCCCCUUCGAGCCGCCUGCCUUCAACACCGAGAGGACCACCUUCUACAUGCGACCAGAUCUCAACCCACCUAGCACCUCCUCAGAACCACCCAAAAAAUCCAAAAGACCACCCAAACCACACCCCGACACAGCCACAAAAUACUUAGAAAAGCUAAACAAUUUAACAAAAACGAUCUUCUCAGGAUUCGUCAGUAAAAAGAAUAAAAACAUGAGAUACAACGUAAGAGUUGCUAACGAUAGCAAUGGACAUACAAACAGAAAGACUGAUGAAGACAUCCAAAAAGCUGAUAAUGAAAGGAAAAGUGAUAUAAUAUACCCCAGUGCCACUUUAGAUAGUGUUGUUAAGUUGAUUAAAACUAAAAUGGCUAAAGAUAGGAGAAAGACAGAAAGAAAUGAUAAGAAGUUGAUGUAUGAUGAUGAAAUAGAUCCGUUUAUAGAUGAUAACAACGGGAUAGACUUUAAGGAUGAGUGUUACGCGACGGGUUGGGGGAGGGAACAGACGAACGGGACGUUGACAGACGUUCUAUUGGAAGCGGAGGUGCCUGUGCUGCCGCUGAGGAUAUGCCGGGAGAGGUAUUCAUUGACGUUGCCGCUGAACGAGGGGCAUUUGUGUGCGGGCAGUACGGAUGGAAGCACAGGGGCUUGUGUGGGCGAUAGCGGCGGUCCACUUCAAUGCCGAACAGGUAGCCGCUGGGAGCUUCGCGGUCUCACAUCGUUCGGCUCAGGCUGCGCGCGCAGAGGAGUACCCGACGUGUACACCAACGUCGAGCACUACGUGCCUUGGAUAUAUGCCCACGUGUAUGCUACAUAGCAGCUCGCAUUCAAUGUAUCUACUUGAAGGAGUAACUUCACACCUGGAGUAACCAAAGUAUCGCUAGCAGCAUUGAAAAUUGAUAAUAUCACUUAAGUAUCCCCUUCAAAGCCGUAAGGGUUUUCGUUGCUAUGCGAGUUCAUGUCCUUCGGCUCCUGCUAACGUGUACACUAACAUUGAAUAUUACGUGCUUUGAAUAUAGGCACGCUAGGAAGAGUUACCAAAGCUUCGCUAGCAGGAUUUCAUAUAGAUACUGGUAGUCCCUAAUGAAGAACGAAGAAGCUUUGUGGGUUCAUGUAGGAGACGAGUCUCGGCCUUCGCGCGCAGAGGCGUACUCAACGUGUACACCACUGUUGAACAUUAAGUGCCUUGGUUAUACGUCCAUGUGUACGCUACGAAGCAGCCCCAGAGCAGCCCCCAUUGAAUAUAAAGGAGUAACCACUCGGAGUAUCCAUAUCAGCCCCCGUUAACAUUUCAGAUUUCAUUUGACAUUACGAGCAGUGAUCUGUACUGUCCAAAGCCGCCACGGCUUGCGUAGCUGUACGAAUUCAUGUUAUUCGGCUUCUAAUGUGUAUAGUUACAUACCACCGCUGAACGUUGCUUAACUUCGGUGAUUGGAUGAGAACCUCGAGAUUGGAAAGAAAUAUUUAUUUUAUUCUGUUUUUAGUAUUUAUUGUUAUAGCGGCAAUAGAAAUACAUAAUCGGUAGAAAUUUCAACUUGCUAACUAUCAAGGUUCAUGAGAUACAGCCUGGUGACAGACGGACGGAC